CCUCAGUGGCGCUUCAGAGCUACAUCUGCUGAGCAGAUUUUACGGAUUCAGGACGAAUUUAAUGGGGAUUCAAUGCAAAAAAACAUGAACAUAUUCAAGGCUAUCGCGAGACGUCAACAAGGACUUGCUUUCAACUGGAAUAUCGGGCGGUCUGUCAUCUCUAUUGACGGAUUUUCCAUCGUGGUAUCUUCCUUCAUAGACGGCGUUUAUCGUAACUUCAAAGACGUCGAUGCAGCCACUAACAACUCUUCCGUGGCUGCUCUCAUCCCGACAUUCUUCUGCACAUUGACAACGCAAUGGUACUUUAUCAGACCGGUCAACCGAACUGGUUCAGAGAUCGACCUGGGAAGAGCGACGUUCAAUGUUUGUUUAUUUUUUGAAGAGGCUGAGAACGGGUUCAAAGAUUUUCAGCCCCCGUCCUUCGGAUCGUCUAUCUCGAGACCCAAAAUUCCUUACCAUUGUUGGGGAACAUGCCGUUCCCAAGAUCGGUGCCAUUCUUGGGUGGUUCACUACAUUGGACCGAGUACAUCGCCGAAGCGAUGGAAAGAUUUCCUGUUCGUACGGCUCAACAAAGAAAUACCACUUCCUGGACACGAAAUGUCUGAAUAG